AUGGGAGAAGAAGAAGAAAAAAGAGAGGAAAGAGAGGAAAGAGAAGAACGAGAGGAAAGAGAAGGAAGAGAAGAGCGAGAAGAGGGAAGGAGGAAUGAAGAGCCACCCACAGAAAACGGCGGCGAUAAGAAGCAGGAGAUGAGCCGGCAGCAGGCUCCGGCGUGUUUUGGAAGCAGCGGCAGCAGAGGCAGCAGCGCACACGUGAGCGGCGGGAGAGGAAGCAGAGGCAGCGGCGGCAGCUCAGAGCUCGGCUGCGCGAGAGCGUGCUUGAACGUGUGCUGA